AUGGUGAUGGCGUCCGCGCUCCUCGCGGACGCGAAGCUGGACCCGUCCACGCCCAUCCCCGGGCACGGCGACUCCGACGCGAACUCCUCGCGCCGCAGAAGCGGCCGCCUGCGGACGAUCCACGCGAAGCAGGCGGAGCUCAAGGCGAAGCAGAUCGCGUUUCGGUGCCACGCGGCGCCGCACGCGGAGGUGCGCGUCGUCGCCUUGGGAUGGGCCAGGGAGGAUCCAUCUGACGCCGCCGCCGCCGACGAGACGACGAAGCCGCCGAGCGCGGCGACGCCCGGCGACGACGCGUCCGCGGCGCCGUCGACGCCGAAGAAGGAGGACGACGACGAGACGCCGCCGCCCGCCGUCCUCGUCCCGCUCGGGUACAGGGCCGAGGGCGUCCUGUUCAACGAGCCCCUGCGCGCGUGGAUCGAUCGCGGCGGCAAUCACUUCGUGUCGUGGGGCGCCGCCGGCGACGGCCGCGCCGCGGUCUCCACGCCUCCCGGGGGCGCGUCGUCCACGAAGGAGGCCGUGCGCUGCAUCGUGGAUGAGCUCAAGCGCAGGGUGGACCACGGCGUGUGCGCGGUGCUGCCGCCGCUGCCGCCGCCGGUCGCGCCGAUCGCGCCGCGCCGCCACGCCGGCGACGGAUCGUCGAUCGGCGGAGGCGCGCGCGCGAAGAACAAUCGCGCGUGUGGCAACUGCGGCACGACGUCGCACGCGACGCCGCUGAUGCGACGCGGCCCGAACGGCGUCAGGUCGCUGUGCAACGCGUGCGGGCUCUGGUUCGCGCGCAGGGGGACGAUGCGCCCGGUCGAGGGCGCGCCCGCGGCGCCGGAGAGGCCCGAGAUCGCGGCAGCCGCGCAGGACGAGGAAGGCGCGAUCGUGGCUCGAAAGGACGCGCGCGACCGCGCGAAUUCGGACGAUCAAAAAUCCGCCGCGGCUAACGCGGGCGGGGUCUUCGACGCGUCGCCCCCGCAGCCGGCCACCAGCGGCGGGUCGCUGCCCCCCGCGCCGGCGUCGCCGUCGAGGACGACCGACCCCGCGGCGCCGCCCGCGUCGGAGAGCUCCGGCGGCGACGGCGCGACGGUCAAGUCCGAGGGCACCGUCGCCGCCGCCGCCGCCGCCGCGGCGACGCCUCUCGCCGUCGACGCGCAGCUCGCGGCGGCCAUGAAGGCGGAGAACGACGCGUACGUCGCCGCGAUGGCGAAGCACGCCGUCGCGCUCGCGGCGCACGAAAAGUCGGAGAAGGAGCGCGCGUUGGCCUACGUCGCGUCGGCGUUGCACGCGAUGUCCGCGGAGACGACGACGGGGGACGGCGUCUUCGGCUACGCGGACGCGCCGGUGCAGCAGGCGCUGCUCGCGCUGAAAGCCGCGCGGGAAGACGCGGACGAGGAGACGAUCGAGAAGGCGGAGAAGGCGAUCGCGGCCGCGACGGCCGCGACGGAAGCGCUGAGGAAGACGGCUGCGGCGUGGGAUAACGUCGGCGCCGCGAGCUCGCCCCCGGGCGCGGGCGGAGGGACGAAAUCCGUCGCGCGCAAUCCCACCGGACGCAACGGUCGCGGCGGCGGCAGAGGCGCCAAGCGAGAGCACCCUUCUGGCGGCAGAGGCGGACGCGGGUCGGCGGGAGGGUCAUCGCACGCGAUCAAGCGCCAUCAGCCGGACGCGGCGUUCCAGGCGCGGCUCGCGCUCGCCAAGCGCAACGCGGGCGCGCAGUUGCGGCAAAACAGCAGCAGCAACCUCGUCGGGAUGGGUCACGCGUACGCCGAUCACGGCGGGGCCCGCGCGGGCGUCGGCGCGGUCGCCGGGACGAUGCCGUACCAGCCGAUGUACGCGUUCGGCGUCGCGCCUCCGGUCGGAAUGCGAAGCUCCGCGCACGGGCGCUCGUCCCCCGCGCCGAUGGUCAACGGAUGGGGCGACGACGCGGGACCGGACGCGGCGGAUGCGUUUAAAGACGAGAGCCUCGGCGUCGUGGGCGGCGGGAUGAUCUCGUUCGACGCGGAUCUGUCCGUGUCCGGACAACCCCAGGGCGGGUUCGGCGACGCGCUCGCGGAUCCGUUCGGUGGCGCGGGGGACGUCUUCGGCGGCGCGGACGACGGGUUGGGGUUGCUGCUGGACGCGCCCGGCGGCGCCGGAUUCGUGAUGGAGGGCGGGCUCUUGUGAUGGAUCGAUCGAAGUCCUCAAGGAACGGCGUUCACAACGCGAACGGGCUCGUAUGGGAACCAGUCUGGAUCGAUCGAACGAUCGGUCGAUCGAUCGAACGAUCGGUCGAUCGAUCGAUCGCAGACGGACCCGCGGUUGGAUCCUUCCUUCGGAUCGAAGGGAGGACGGGGAAGCGGCGGGAGGCAUACGAACGCGGAAACGACACGACGACGACGACGACGACGACGACGACGACGACGACGUAGGUGGAUGUGCAUACGACAUAUAACGCGCGAACGACACGACGGGACGGGACGCUUCUACUUCUCUUCAUAAUUUUUUUUAUGCGAACUGAAUUGACACGAAA